AUGGGUACGCAGAUUUAUAUAGAAUGUCCGGUGUCGAAAAUGGCAGUGGAAGAAAUGCGGCACGGCAUAUCGCCCUUGAAGCAUGUUAUACAUCUCAAGGGAGUGCUUUCUACGAUCCUGUUCCACCGAACUAGUGGGUCUAUAGUACCAGGCAUGGACUGCGAAGACGCCCAUUGCCGGUUUCCGGUGGUGCAGAGAGUAGAAAAUAGCGACAGCCAGCAGGCCUCAGUGACGAUGAACCAAAAGGUAGAAGAGUGCAUCAAAGAGCUGAGCUUUUGGUUUGCGCAAUUUGACGAGCGUCGACUAGACCAGCUUUCGCCUUCGCCGUCGCGAGAACAAACACCACCGGGCAGCCCCCUCCGAAGUUCAAAUCCGGGUUCCGCAUCGACAAUCACGCUCAAACUCACUCAGGGCAACAACGAUAGCUUGGAACCGUGGGAAACGUGGACAAUUGCUUCCCAGAUGACAAACAGCUACAGAAUAGCGACUGAAAACGGGUCGUCCAGCAAGGAGUAUGGGCAUUCGAGCCAUUUUGAGCAGUUUCUCAUCAGUCUAGCGGCCUUCUGCUACGAAUUGGGUAUCCAAAAUCCGCCACAUCAACUGGCCCCUCCCCACAUAGACAUGUACGUGGGGACUCCGGACCAUAGCGAGGCUGGCAACGAGUUUGACCGCUGGAAACGCUUUAUCAAAAAAAUGCUUCAGCCAGGGUGUGAGCGCGGCGGUGAAGUCGGUUGA